AUGAAGUUCUUAAGCUGUUGUGUUAUUUCUAUUCUCUUUUCCUUGGGUGUAUUAGCAGUAAAUGAUCCAAAAUCGUCAUCAACAGUGACAACCGUUUCUACUACUAUUACUUCUACUACUGGAGCUUCAACAACGACAGAGGUAUGCGCGGAUCAAACUGAUUGCUCAAAGGAUGUAUCUCUAUGCACCAAUCCUGCUUAUCAAUCUAUGAUGCACAACAUUUGCAAGAAAACUUGUGGAUAUUGCGAUGGAACUGCAACUGGAUCACCUUGUGUCGAUAGUAUUGGCAGUUGUGAACAAUGGGAGAAAAAAGGAUUCUGUGAGAAUCCAUUCUACUCUGACGAAACAAAGAAGAAAGACUGUGCCAAGACUUGUGGCUUAUGCGAUAAAUAG